GGCUCUGGUCGCUGCCGGGGGAGAUGCUGCAGCUCCCGGCCCCGCCGGCCGCGAACGCCGCGCUGCUGCUGCUGCAGCGCUGGCCCGAAAGCUGCCGAGUGCGCGGGGCCGGUCCCACAGGAGCGACACAUCGCCAGGCCGGGAUCGGACCACGAACAGCAGCUAGGCAGAUAGAAAAUAAGGCGUGCAUUGCUCUCCGUUUUCUUUAUAGCUUCCAUAAUUUCAACGAUUGGUACGUAAACGUCACGCUAAAGAACAGUGCUUUGCUAUUGUGUAUUUAUUUACUCUAUGAGUUGUUUUUGUGAAAUCGGACGUGAACAGACCUCAUGUUAGCUGCCGUUAUAUACCUGGAAGUUUUAUCAGAAAAUUUAAGAAAGUGGAAGAAGCUGUGGUACGUCCUGGAUUCUGGAGAAUACGAAGUGAAUGGUAAAGCACCCGAGUGCUUUGCCGAGUUGCCACAGCAACUUCCCAAAGUUCCAAUUCCAUUUUCAGUUUGCUUAUUCAUGCCGUGCAGUUUCUUACUCCAGCGACUUUGCAAGUUGUUCCACUGGAAUUUCUUGCAGUAUGAGGCUUGACUCCGAGGUAACGAAGGUUGCAGAACCUUUUUCUAGCAGGCAAACACACUGAAAUAAAUAAAAAAAAUAAAAUAAAAAACCCCAAACAAACAACAGAAAAAACCCCCAAGAAACAAAACACCAAGAAAACCCAAAGAAACAGUUUGACAGAAGAUAUAAUUAAAGUAAUUUUGUAAUCAUCCACUAGGUUGACCUGUGCUUGGUAACUUCCUUGUAUUGGUAAAGGCAACAGUUCUAUAGGAGUUCUUGCAAUCAGUCAAUCAAUAUAUAUAUAUAUAUAUAUGUAUAUAUAUAUAUAUAUAAGUAUAUAUAUUUACUUUUUUUUAAAAGCAGUCAGUAUGCUGAUUGUAUAAUGUAGGUUUUGGAAAAGAUCUUUACAGUGUUUUGUAUGUUAAUCUUGUCAGUUUGGAUGGAGUCAAUUACAAUAUGAAAAUGAAAUUCACUAGUUGCAGGUUUCAUUCUGCUCCUUGGUAAGACCUGUUUUACUGUUUUAUUUUGCUGGGAUUUUUUAAACAUAUUUAUUAGGCUCUUAAUCUAGUAUGUGGUUUAGCAGAAGUUGGGAGCAAGCCUGAACUUGCUUGUGUUUGUUGAACUGAUUGCUCACAGCAUGAUUAUCUUGCCAUGUACUUUUAAAGGUUUGACAGUUUCUUCAGGCUUGUAUCUGUAUUGAUAUUAAAAAAGGCGGAAAAAAAAGCCCACUUGAGUGUUUCUGUCUUCACCUAUAAUCUACUGUUCACACAUUUUAUUAUUAAAAUUUGGAUUGCUUGCUUGCUUGCUUCAACAAAGAUUUGUCUGUCUCCCAGACAAUUCUAUCUGCAAGACUUUUCUAUUUGAAAAAUUGUAGAAUGAAAGAAUUUUAAAUUCAGUGGAAAUAGCUUUCCAAAAUGCUAGAUGCAGGUGCUUACCCUCCAUGUGAGGAAGGGUUCUGAGAGUUAAAAUUGCCAUUUUUCUUUGAUGGUAUUUAGCUGUCAGUUUUAGUAAAAGAAAAGAACUGUUAGGCCACUCUGAGUUUUUUUGCCACUCCGUGUCUAAGUCCCUUCCAUAAAAUGUGAAAAAGAAUAAAUUGACAAUUAGUUUGUAAACAAGUGUGAGAAACAUCUUCUUUGAAAGAAAGGUGGAUGAUCCUAUAGAAGGCUUGGGGUGUGCAACACACAUUGCAAUUCAUCCCCUGCUGAAUUUUUUUCUUAGACGAAAAGCCCAGGUAGUUUUCCUUGUAUUGCUUUUUUCACAUAGCAAUAUAGGUGUUUUGUCCCUAUUUUGAUAAAAAAGAAUGGUCAGGUGUCUUCCAAGAAGUUAGAGUUUUGGUUUUUUUUUUUUAAUAACCAUUAUAGCAUUUUCCUAUUUUAGCAGCCAUGUUGAGAAUAGUGAUUUUUGUCUUGGUUAUGCUACUUAGGAGAAUAUAAUACUACAACAAGAAUCAAUUUUAUUUAAGAAAGUUCAAAUUCCCCUGGUAUUUUUUGUUUUUUUGUUUUUUGUUUUUUUUGGGGGGGAUUUUUUUUGCUCUUUAUUUUUAAGUGGGAAAAAUCUAUUUUGCCUUGCUUCUGAGAAGAGGUUUGUUUUAUAGAAUAUAUGCAACCAUGUGCACUAAUGUUGAACAAAUGCCAAAUUUGUAGUGGUAGAAAUAUGGAUGUGAAAGAGAAUGAAUGUAUUUGUACAAAUUUGUAUAUGUCACUUCAUUUCUAAUACUGCACAUUCUUCAGGGUUUAUUAUAACUUACUUUGCAGUCAAGGCUGAGGAGGAGAAUAAAUUAUUUUUUAAAUUGAUAAAAAUCAUAUCAAAGAGUAAUGAAUAAGGUGGUCCCUGUGUUCUGCAUUUCUGUAUACUUGAGUUCACACCUUAUAAAACAUUUUAAGAAGUUGCUACCUAUUUAUGUUCUAGCCUGCAAAACACUCACCAGUGUGUAUAGAUUUGUUUAGCUGUUUGUUACAUUAACCUUUGUGUAAGUAGUGAAACCAAGUCAGUUGUCAGCAUAAACCCUUGCUCAGACCCACAAAAUAUGUGAUCUUAGUGGUAUUUAACCAGUUGGAUAGUUAGGCCAGAUCUAUAGCAAGUUUUCAGAAAUCUUGAAGGAUACACUGAUAGCUUCUGCCAUAGACAACUACAGAAACAGAAAGUAGCUUUGGGCUUUAUCUUCCAGCACUGUUGGCAUUUUGUGGGCAAAUUGUCUUCGUCUCAGCAAGAAGUUCCUUCCUUCCUCUGCUACAUGCUUUGUUCAUAAAAUACACAGCAAAACAUAAUCAUUCUUACAGAUUUGGAAGCAAAGUUUGUUCUGUGCUAGGUAACCCUUCGCAUUGGUAUGUGGUUUCUACAAAGAUGGGUUAGAAUCCAAAUAGCUGAUAACACAUGGCUGUUUGAGUUCCUGAAGUAACAACACUGGAGGUGUUCCAGAAUGAGAUGUAGGCAAAGCUAUGGCAUGUAGAAAAAACAGGAUUAAGAUAGAGAAGAGGGAAUGUGUGGGUAUGAAUACAUACGUUUAUAUAUAACUCAUAUGUAUUUAUUUAUAAAUACAGAGCUAAAGCUUUCCCAGGUGAAUUUUUGGUUAUUAUGUAAGGUGGAGGGAUUGAUAAGAUGCUACUGUCUGAAAACGAACACUAACACCUUAGGGAAAAAAUAGCCAAAUGCUACCAUGAAACCCAGAACUGUCAAGGAAGGUGGAAAUGGCUGAGAUAACCAACUGCAACUUUGAAAGCCUUAGUAUAUGCUAACACUGUAGGGGUUUUAUAUACUUGAGUAUGUGUAUGGUUUGGCUGUUGUUUUUUGGUGUUUUUCUUGUUUGCUUAUUUUUAUUUCUUAUUUUUUUCUUUUGUUUGUAGUCUGUUUGAUUGUGUUUUCUAUUUAAUUACUGGGUAUCUGAAAGACUUUUCUGGCCCAAACAGUACUUGUCUGAUAAUUUUUUCCCCAAUAAGAAAUUUCUGUACUAAUUUUUUUUCAUUCUGUGCUCAGAAUCUGAGAAUAUAUAUUCAGCUUGUUAAGAGACUAUACAUUUACAUUUUCCAGGGCUUAGAGACGGGUGGAGACCACACGAUUGAAUUUUAUCCUUUAUGACUAGAGGCUGCCAUGAAAAUUUUGAGGAAAUGCUGAGUUUUCAAAUUUUUAAAGGAAUGAUGAAAGUUUAUAUAAGCAUGCAGGUUAGGCUGGGACAAAGGUAAUUAUCAGAGUGGAUUGUUAAUAAGUUUAGAUCAAUCAAACACUUUUUGAAUUUAAAUGACUUGGGAAUCUUUAAUUGAGGGUUAACUCUGUAAUAAAGUUAAUUUCUCCUGAGUGGUUGAUAUCUGAUUGACCUAUAGAGUUGUCUCUCUAAAAGGUUUUAAUUGUAUCCAUUUGUUAUUCAAGAUAAGUCACAGACUUGCGGGUCUGAUAAAAAUAUAUCCAGAAAAAUGAAGCUAGAGACUAGAGAGAAUCCGAUGAUUUAUUUUAAAUGAAGGAACAUUUAUAGUAAGUAUACGGUAAAAUGUAAGUUUGCUCAUCUCCUUUUUUUUUGUUCUUACUAUGUCACAUCCAUGUUUACAUGGUGUAAGUAUGAAGAGUCUAGUUUUUUCCUUGAUUUUGAUUACCAUUUUAUGAAAGUGUGGGAGUAAUGAAGAUAUUUACAAAAUUUUGCAAGAAAAGGCAUCCAGUGAUUGAGAUAGUUACUUCAUAAUUUAUUUCAUAAUCAUAAGAAAGUACAAUUGCCAAUAGCAGUGAUAGCAGCUGUGCUUCAUGCAGUACAUUAUUUUCAAUUUAGAUUUGUCUGUAUGUGGCUUCGGGUAAUGAGGAGGGGCAUACAUACAUGCUUAUUUAUUUAUUUAUUACUAUCUUGCUGAAUAAUGACUUAGAUAUUCAAAAGACAGAGGAAUCUUACAGGAAGACGGUUCAUCCUUUAUUCAAGAAUUGAUGCAGUAAAAAUGUAGGCAAUGUUUUAACCUUCCUUUCUAGAUCAUAAGUACAGCAUUUUUUGUCAUGAAACAUACAGAAGAAUUAGGUAUCAAUACCUACUACCACAGAAAAAUUCUGGGCAUAAGAUUUCUGCUCUUUCUAAAUGCUACUUAAAUUUGAUGCUCUUCCACUAAAGCUGAUUUUUCUUUUCCAGGCUGCUUAAGGCUAGUGCCUGCAUGCCAGGACAGCUGCUACAGUCAGCAGGUUUCCCUGAGGCCAAAUAUACAGAAAUAAAGAGAGAGGUGAAAAAACCUGUUGAGUGUUGGUGAUCUUAAACCUUCUUUGAAGAAAUACAAUUUCAAACUGUUACAAACACCUUCAAAAAAGUACCAUCUGGGUUUUGUAAAUUAUGCAUUUAGAUAUGGCCCUGAAAGAAAGAGUAACUCAAGUGGAUGAAAUCUGGAGUGUAAGAGCUGUGUUGGAGAAUACUAAGGAAAAACUCAUGGACAGCUAGAACUUGCCUAUGGCGUCAUGCCUUUUUUUCUCUUUGUGUCCAAGGAAAAAGUGCUUCCUUAUCAGAGUUGAGAUGCUGGUGGUUACCUGUUUCCUGUGUUCCUGCAAGACACUGUUUGAAAGGCUUGAUGCAAACCCUGUUAUUGAAGAUAGUACUUGUUCAGUUGAAUUCUCAGUUGAAGAGGGCUUGAAUGCUCAGUUUACAUAGAAUGCUUUAGGCAGUCAUUUUUCCUUUGUUCCAUUUCAAGUGUGUUUCUAUGCUAAAAAGAUUUUGAGAUUGGACGACAAGGGAGUAGAAGCCCUGUUCCAUAAUUAGUUGGUGCUAAAGUGGAAAUAGGAAAGCUUUAGGUUCCAGCUGUGGUCUUGAAGAACUCUUUUUCUCCCUGAUAUCUAAGUACUGCGUAAUAAGAGAGUGUGUGUAGGUAAAUGGUUCAUCUCUUAACUGUUCAUUUUAAUGUUUAAUUAGUAGAAGUAUGUGUUUUUAGUCCAUAUUACUUGUGCUGAGACUUUGAUUUUGUAAUUUUCUUCAUAUAGGCUAAGAUAAAAGAAUGGGUUACAAUUGUUGAAAUUAUUGUAUACUAACAGAACAAUUCAAGUGACAGGGAGUCUUUCACAGUUUUAUUCAAGGUAAUUGUGAGGUUCAGGUGAGAAUUUUUUUUAUGUCCUUUUUCUUUUCUGUAUGUUUGCAGUCUUUCAAAAAAAAUCAGUUUGAACUGAAGAAACUGGAAGAGGUGUUGUGAGGAAACGGGUGUUUUCUGCUGGCUGGUGAACACCAAAUUCAAGAGCGUUUUCUUGCUAGUGAACAUGUAUACAACCUGACUAUUUCUACAUGACUGUGUGGGACAAUAUGAAAUGAAGUCAUGUCAUCCACAGGCAAUGGCACUGAUAUUGAAGAAUUUUUGGUCAACAUUAACCUUGCACAGUAUCUUCCCAACUUUAAAAAAUAUGGCUAUAACAGUGUGACAGAUUGUGUGGGAAUAAAUAACAGUGUGCUUCAGCAAAUGGGUGUGUUACCUACAGGUCAUCGCAGAAGGAUUCUUAAGCAGUUAGACAGUCUUUUGAAAAUUCAAGGAAGUUACUUUUUCCGUGAAAAUCUAAAAUUCAAAGACUUGAAAGGUUUGGAAGAAAAGCAAUAUUCAUCCUCAGAUCAGGAGUCUCCUGUAAGCAAUUCAAGUUUAGAUGGGACUGACGUGAUACCUGCAGCAUCAUCAGAACAACUUCUUAAAAAAUCUUACGUUAAUAAGGAAAAGUUUGAACUUGCAGAAGAAAACUCAAUGGAGGCAAAUGAUGAUAGCUUUUCCAGGUUAUACCAGAAUUCAGACAGCAUAGUAAAAGCUGUCAGUCAAAGCAGAAAUAUCAAGAUGAAUACUCAGCCAGAUGCAUCACUGACAGAAACUGCUGCAUACCAAGCUGAUGAGCACUUGACUGGCCCUUUGGUGUUUUGUGAUCCUCCUUCAUUUGUUCGUUCAUGCGAGACAAAAUGCAAGGAAAACAAACAUCAGAGGUUUGCAGAUGAGGGUGAUUUAUCUGAUAGUAGACCAGAUUCUUCAUUCUAUAAGUUUAAAGGAGAAAUGAUAGACAAUGACUUAUAUGAUUCCUGUACACUAAACUGCAUGAAAGUAUUUCCAAGAGCAAGCCGAUCUUUUAUCUUAAGGCAUCGACCUGUACCAGAAAUUCCCGAAUCAAGUAAAGUUCAAUCUUCAUCAAGUUCCCUUCAGAGAAGAAGAAAUAAGGACCUUGUAAAUAUUUCUUGCACUGGGAGGCAAAUUUCACAAAACAAUACUUUCAUGGAAGAAAAGCCACCCAUUAUCUCUCCAUAUGGGGAAACUUUUAUUUGUGACAACGCUAGAGAUACUAAAGAACUUCAUGGAGAUGAAUUCCUGGCUUGUGAAAAUAAAUUGCAUCUAGGAAAGAAUGAAGAAUAUUCUUCCAAGAAUCUAUGUUACUGUAAUAAUCAGAAGGAGAAGACAAAAGAAUUUGCAAAAAAUGAAUUCUUGUCUCAGGAAGACCCACCAUUGACACCAGAAGAAUCUGAAAGUGAAUCUGUGUAUUCUAUUGUGGAGCAACAUUCUUUAUCUUUAAAGAAAAAGAAAAACAAAACCAAAACACACUCAGCAUCUUGCACUAAGAUACAAAGUGGAGAUUCUGAUCGCUUGGCCAAUGAACAAAUGAAUUUUUGGCAAUUUGGUGGAGAUAGAACUUUGAUUGGAAAUGAAUCGAUAACACCAUAUGCUUGCUUUUACGGACCAUCAGUAAAGAAGGUUAAAGCAGGAUGGCUGGAUAAAUUAUCCCCUCAAGGCAAACGUGUGUUUCAGAAGCGCUGGGUCAAAUUUGAUGGAGAGAGCAUUUCUUAUUACAACAAUGAAAAGGAAGUGUUCUCAAAAGGAAUAAUACUGCUCUCUGCAAUAGCAACAGUAAGACUUCAUGGGGAGAAUAAGUUUGAAGUUGUCACAUCCCACAGGACUUUCGUUUUCCGUGUGGAUAAAGAGGAAGAAAGAAAUGACUGGGUUAAUACAAUACUCAAUGCCUUGAAAUUGCAGUCUGAUAAUAACUCUCAGUCUCGAACUUCGGUCACCCCUGAGAAAAGUGGGUAUCUCGAGCUGAAAGGAUACAAAACCAAGAUCUUUAUUCUACUUCAGGGGAGUACUGUAUGGAUCUGCAAAAAUGAGCAGGACUUUAAGACAGGAUUUGGUAUCACUUUAAUUCCUAUGAAUGUGGCAAAUGUAAAACAAUUGGAUCGAGCUGCAAAGCAAUCUUUUGAAAUAAUUACUCCUUAUAAAAGCUUCAGCUUUACAGCAGAGUCAGAAAGAGAGAAACAAGACUGGAUUGAAGCACUCCAGCAAUCAAUAGCAGAAACUCUAUCUGAUUAUGAAGUGGCGGAGAAGAUUUGGUUCAAUGAGUCCAACAGGAGCUGCGCUGACUGUAAAGCUCCUAGUCCUGACUGGGCAUCCAUCAAUCUCUGUGUUGUCAUUUGUAAGAAGUGUGCAGGACAACACAGAUCUUUAGGACCCAGAGAUUCAAAGGUCAGGAGUCUAAAAAUGGAUGCCAGCAUUUGGAGCAAUGAACUUAUUGAGCUGUUUAUUGUCAUUGGAAAUAAGAGGGCAAACAGUUUUUGGGCUGGAAAUCUUCCUCCAGAUGAAGAAUUGCAUAUUGAUGACCCAGCAGAGAAAAGGAUUGCAUUCAUUACACAAAAAUACAAAGAGGGAAAAUUCAGGAAAACACCUUUUCACUACAAAACCAAGGAGCAGUUGAAUAAGGCCCUGUGUGCUGCUGUAGUCCGACAAGAUGUGUUAGAAACUCUGAUGUUACUCUUCAGUGGGGCUGAUGCGAUGUGUGCCACUGGAGACCCUCUUUACAGCACCCCUUACUUAUUAGCCAAGAAAGCUGGACAAAGACUGCAAAUGGAAUUCCUGUACCAUAAUAAGUUCUCAGAUUUCCCAAACUAUGAUCCUUGUUUUGAAAGUGACUUCUCAGAAGAUACUUCGCAUUCCACCUUUCUUUGUGAAUUCUUGUACAAAGUUUCUUCUAAUGCAGCUAAGCUUCCUACAGAGAAGAAAUUAAAAGAAGAUUGCAACAAAAGAUGGUGCACUUUGGAAAGUGGCUUUCUGAGCUACUAUGAAAAUGAUAAAACUACCACUCCUAAUGGUAUGAUUGACAUCAGUGAAGUUAUCUGCCUCGUAGUACACAAGUCAGACUUCUUUUUAAAUAGAGGGGACAUCUUUACAUUUGAAAUACACUUAAUGUCAGAACGUGUUUUUCUAUUUGGAGCUGAAACUGCAUAUUCACAAAGAAAAUGGACUUCAGCAAUAGCUAAGCAUUUUGUUCCCCCAGUGGCUGAAUCAUUGUUAGAGCGAGAUUGUGACCUUAUUGGGCAGCUGUACUACAAAGAUUGCCAUAACCUGGAUCAGUGGAGAAAAGGCUGGUUUGCUAUAGAGAAGUCGAGCCUUUAUUUUUGUCUUGAAAUGGAGGACGCUGAAGAAGAUUCCAUAUAUCUAAGGAGGUUGCAAGAACUUACAACCAGUAGUGUGAUGCAAAAUGGAGAGAGAAUAGAUGUCCUGCUACUCGUUGAAAAAGGAAGAACGCUAUACCUCCAUGGCCAUACAAAGCUGGAUUUCAUGGUCUGGUAUACUGCAAUUGAAAAAGCAGCAGGUACAGAUGGUAAUGCAUUACAAGAUCAGCAGCUCAGCAAAAAUGAUGUUCCUAUUAUAGUGAACAGCUGCAUAGCGUUUGUUACACAGUAUGGUUUAGGUAGCAAGCAAAUCUAUCUUAAGAAUGGUGAUUCUUCCAGUGUGGCUGAACUGCUGGAAAGCUUCAAAAAAGAUGCGAGAAGUGUUAAGCUAAGAGCAGGAAAACAUCAGCUUGAAGAUGUGACUGAUGUACUGAAAAGUUUUCUUUCUCAAAUAGAUGAUGCACUUCUCACUAAAGAACUUUAUCCAUUCUGGAUCUCUGCAUUAGAUACGCAGAAUGAAAAGGAACGUGUGAGGAAGUACACAGCUUUUAUUCGGAGUCUUCCACCAGUCAAUAGAGCAACUUUGGCUGCUUUAAUUGAACAUCUUUACAGAGUGCAGAAGUGUUCUGAAAUUAACCAAAUGAACCCUCACAAUUUAGCCAUGGCAUUUUCCUCAUGCUUAUUUCAAACUAAAGGCCAAACUAGUGAAGAAGUCAAUGUAAUUGAAGACCUAAUUAAAAAUUAUGUGCAACUUUUUCAUAUAAAUGAAGACCAAGUCAAACAAAUGGAUAUAGAGAACAGCUUUAUUACAAGGUGGAAGGACACUCAGGUUUCCCAGGCUGGAGAUUUACUUAUUGAAGUUUUUGUGGAAAGAAAGGAGCCAGACUGUAGUAUUAUAAUCAGGGUAUCACCUUUGAUGGAAGCAGAAGAAUUAACUAAUGAUGUUUUGGGAAUCAAAAACAUUAUUCCCAACAAAGAUGAUAUCUGGGCUGCUUUUGAAGUACUUGAAAAUGGAGAAUUAGAACGUCCUCUGCAUUAUACAGAGAAUGUACUAGAACAAGUUCUUCACUGGAGUUCACUACCAGAGCCUGGCACUGCAUAUCUAAUAAUAAAGAGAUUUCUAACAGCAGACAUGGUGAAUCUCUACAGUGAAAAAAAUGAGAAAGGUAGUGUGAAAGCAGGCAAUCUGAAGUACAAGGAAGAGCCAUCAAAACUACUGUCUGGAAACAAAUUUCAAGACCGUUACUUUGUGUUACGGGAAGGCAACUUGCUUCUUUAUAAGGAUAUGAAGGCUAGCAAACCUGAAAAAGUGUUGCCUGUCAAUUCUCUGAAGCUUUAUCUUGGAGUGAAAAGGAAAAUGAAGCCACCAACAAACUGGGGACUUGCAGUAUUUUCUGAAAAACACCAGUGGUAUAUAUGUUGUGAUGGACAAGAUGUGCAGAUGGAGUGGAUGAUCAGCAUUUUUAUGGCACAGCAUAUAGAACUACAAACUGGAAAAUCAAGAUUUGGUGAACACCAUGAUAACGAACUUCUGGAAGAAAGAAAAAACUUGAAAGAAAAAGCAUCUAUUGUGGCACAAUGUUUGGAAAGAAAGGAGGAGAAAGUGCGAAAUCAUGCAAAAACACAUCAAAAUUCGAUUUCUGAAGAUGAUGCAGGCUCAGGGAUGCCUGAAUUACACCAAAGAUCACAUAAGACACUGAAGAAAAAUAAAAACAAACCAAACAAAACUACUUUGGAACUAGAUAGUAAAUUACCAUCAGAUGUGAUUCAGGAACUAAAUACAGUGCUGCAGAAGAACAGAGCAAGUCAUGAAACCUCCAGCUGAUUUCUUGAGGCUGAAGCAUAAUGCUUAUAUAUAUAUUCUUGUGUUUUAUGUAUAUAUAUAUAUUCUAUUCAAAAGUAAAGUUUUGAAGUGUGUAAUUUGUACAGUGCAGAGGAAAUAAGGAAGUAUAGUUUGUUUAUAUGCAGCUAUUGAUUUUGUAUACGUGUAUGCCCAAUGUAAUUAUUUAAGACUGAACUGGGAGAACUGAUAAUGUAAAACUCCUGAAGUUUGGAAGUUUUUCUGUGCAGUGCAAGGACACCAGAGCUUUGUCUAUUUUGUUGUUGUUCCAGAUUUUGUUGGAUACAAGGGUUCUAAGAACUGUCAAAGGCUUUUGCUCUGUUUAUAUUCUGUACUACCUUGUAAAUACUGGAGAGAUAUUUUUAAAAGAGAAGAUACACUCUGAAAUUCAUACUAUUGACUGCAAUAUUUUUAAUUGUCUAACACUAUAAAAAUUAGUAACAUAUGAUUUGAAAUUUUUUGUUCUUGUUUUUUGUUGUUGUUGUUUGGACUUGUUUGUGGUUUUGUUUUGUUUUGUUUUUAUUUAAGGAGAAAAAUUAGUAUUUGCUUCCAUAGAAUUGUGUUCUGACAAGACAUCAUGUGAAAGAAUUAAAAGGGAGAGACAUGUAGUAGAUGACACAAUGUAUUAAUUCCUGUAUCUUGAAACUGUAUCUCUAGGGUGUACAUGUGAUUAUGGCAUCUAAGUAAUGAGAUCAUAGAGGAGCACAAAAAAAGUCUUCAAAGCAACCUCUAAUGGGUACAUGAAUUGGAAGAAUAGCACCAUCUCAGUGGGCCACAGUACUUUUCUAAACAGGCCUUUCUCAGCUCAGGGUGACAAAGGGAAGCUUUUCUCUUGCUCUUUGGAUAGAGCUUGCUUGGUACUAACAAAGUUGCUGACCUCCCAUGAGUAGUUAAUAUUUAAAUGAAAAAUUAAUUCCUUCAAGAAAAAAUGGUCCCCAUGCAAACAAAUAAGAAUGAUACCAACACACUCAAUUAAGAAGUGCCAAAUGCUAAAUGGGGGAAGAGAUUUACCUUUCUCUUUACCAUGCAGACAAAGGUAAAUAGUAGUCUGUUUGCAGGGACUAGAAAUGCUUGUCCUACAACUUUACCACUGCUCUUCUGAGUGUAAGGGCUGGUCCCAGAGUGAACAGCCUUGCUUGCUGCCUUCUGAGUAUGUGGGUAACAGUUCCUGAAGAUAGUCAUGUAGCACAGUACAGCUACUUUGAUUUUUAAGCCCAGUGUUCCCUAAAUUUAAAAUUCAGCAUCGCUUUUCAAAAUAAACCUAUUCAAGGAAUGAAAUUAUUUUCAGUUGUUUUGUAGAUAUUAUCUCCACUUAUCCCUUGGGAUUGCUGAUUUUACUUUGUUCCAUAACACCUGGAUGGGAAAAAGGUGCUGCUGUGCUAGGGCUGUUUCCAGGUGUUGUAGAUGCUGUGUGGUUAAGCAGCAGGAGCAACAGACCAGAGCACUAAUGAGCUCACACAGCACUUUUGCUUCAAGGGAGGCAUCUGCUUGUUUUUGCUGCUAUCCCUUUUGUGGUCUGACUAGUCACACUGCCACAGAUUCUCACCAGCCUUUUAAAAACUUACUGAUGCCUUUAGUGUUUGAUUGGAAUUGGCCAGAUCUCUUAGAGCAGGAGAGAGGAAGCACAGAAGCAGUAUGCUCACUUAGUCCCUCUUCUAUUUUUGGUAGUCACAGGUGCCGUAACAUUUCUCACAUCAUUUACUUCUAUUCUUGAUUACAUUGAGCAGCUUAAUUGGAAAAAUAAUUUGUUUGAUUGAAGAAAUUAAACAAGUGACUCAAAUCAUGUAUCUGGCAGCUCUGCUAGGAAGCACAGAGAAAAAGAGAUCAAACUCAAGUAUUUUACAGUAGUAUUUAUUAUUCUGGAAUGUAGCACUGACAGAGUAAGUCUGUUCUUUCACACUUUGCACUUACCUUAUUUGACCAGUUUUUAAAACAAGCAAGUUUGUAGAUUUUAAUUUUCCCAGUGCACUAUUGACUAUUUUGAUACCUUCAUUUUGUAAUUGAGCCUCUUCUAAUCAUUGAGGCCCUGUCUCAAGAAUGCGUAUCAAGAAAGCCUGAACUCAAAUUUUAUUGAUUAAAGCUGGAGUUUAAUUUUAAUAAGCACAUUCCUAAAUGCUGAUUUGAACUGGGGCCUAAUACCAGCAGGAUAAACUGCUUUAUUUUCUGUCAGGCUGGACUUGAAAAUACUAUUUAUAGUUUUACUUUUAUUUGCAGAUAUUUCUCAGUAUUGAGUUGUGGUUCUUAUAUUGUUUAUCUUUUUAUUGGGACCUUAAGAAUGACAUUCACUUCACUGCUGAAAGCCUCAUGCAUCAUUUAAGCCACUACACUAAUGGAAUAAAUGGAGCAGUGGAAGGGUUUUGUGCAUUGAAGUGAAUAUAUCCAUGAAGAAAAUGGUUUGUGUAUUUUUAUUGGUUCUAAAGACUACAGGAACAUUUGUUCUAUUUCAAAACCGUGUCACAGGUAAAAUAUCUCUAUAACUGCUGCUAACAGGCCAAAAAAAUCAAGAUGAUGUUUAAUAGAAUGCAUAUAAAUUUGACGUUUUAUGUACACAUACACAAACACAUAUAUGUGCACAAAUUUAUAUGCACAUUCACAGAGGCACACUGAAUAGUGACAGUAUUAACACAAGUAAAAUUUAAUUGGGAAAGUAGAAACUAAAUUUGCAAUUAAUUAUUUUAAAUAGGUAUCAGUAUUUUGGACUAAACAUUUGACACAUUAUUGUUGCACAACACGUUUUUGACUGAUCUAAGACCUGCAGAAAAUAUGUGGUUUGUUGCAGUAUCUUAAUGGCUACUGAUCUUUUGUUGUUCUUGUGCCAUGUUGAGGACUGGUAAAGUGUAAUUUUUAGGGAAUUGUAAUUGAAUAAAUGCUCUUUCUCAGAA